UGUGAGGGCCGAAACUAAUGCGCUGUAUCAAGCACAGGAUUCAACAGGCCCAAGCGAGGGAUAUAAUUCUAAAACGGUGAAAAACAGGGUCCUGACUGCAUCUUAGAGACGGAGGUUUUCACAUUGGCGUCUGUGACCGAGAGGGGCUUGGAGCCAUGUCGACGGCGGUGGAUCUGAAGACGAAGGAGGAGAAAGAUGCGGAACUGGACAGACGGAUUGAGGCUUUGCGGAAGAAGAACGAAGCUCUGGUUAGGAGGUACCAGGAAAUAGAAGAAGACAAAAAGAAGGCGGAACAGGAGGGGAUCGCUGUGACAACACCCCGCAAGCCCCGCCUCCAUGAUGCUGACAACGAACGCAGGAGAACGGAGAAGGAAAAUCUGACCGUCACCGUCGACCUGUCCAAACCAGCAGGGGAGAAGCGCGUCAUCAAUGACAGGAAGCCAGGAACCCCCCGUGGUGGCCGGGGGUCUGAGGAGGGAGAGGCCCCCAGGUCCCAGGGAGAGGCCCCCAGGUCCCAGGGAGAGGCCCCCAGGUCCCAGGGCGAGAGCCCACCUAGGAGGACGGGGUCAGGACGGCUGAGCAGGGGUACGCCCCGUGGGGGCCCACGCCAGGACAGGAGGGAGCCCCGUCACGAUAAAGCUGAGCCACGUCAAGACAGAACAGAGCCACGAGCUGACCGGCCUCUGUGGGACAGCGAGGUGGGGGAAGGCCCCGGCCGGAAUGAGCGCACCCCACGAGGGGGGAGGAGGGGCAGAGGAGGAGGAGGAGGGGGAGGAGGAACACCCCAAGGAGGCUCAGGGACUGACAGAAAGUCCAAGGAGUGGGAGGAGAAACGGCGGCAGAACAUUGAGAAGAUGAAUGAGGAGAUGGAGAAGAUUGCAGAGUAUGAAAGAGGCCAAAGGGGAGAUGGAGACAAGAACCCCAUUCGCAACUUCCUUGAUGACCCGCGGCGCUGCGGCCCCAUCCCAGACACAGACCGCAAAGAGGGCAGCCGUCGACAUGUCAGGAACUGGGGCGGCCUCGACUUUGACAACGUGAAGACGGGCGCAGAGCUGGAGAAGGAAUGGACGAGUCGGCGGCCGGGCACCAAGGGCUCGGUGGACAUGACCCUGUCGAUGACGGGCCGGGAGCGGGCGGAGUACCUGCGCUGGAAGAAGGAGCGCGAGCAGAUCGACGAGGAGCGGCUGGCCCGGCACCGCAACGCCACCGGCCAGUGGAGGCGGGAGUGGGACGCCCAGAAGACCGACACCAUGUUCAAGGAAGAGGCAGCUGGGGCCACCGAGGACGCAGCGGAUCAUGGCAGCAGGAGGGCCAGGGGGCGCAAUGCCAAUAUGCAGAGAGGCAGCAGGGCCUCAGAUGACAGCAAGAGGCCUCCCAAGGCCCCCACGUUUGGAGACUUCCUGGGGCAGGGCAAAGCCAAAGAGGGGGGUCGCGGCGGCAGGGGGCGUGGAAAGGGGCGAGCGCAGAACAAAAGUUACAGCAUGCAUGAUAAUCGCUGGGAGGCAGAAAAGGAGGAUGAGAAAGAGAAGCAGGAGGAGAAGAAACCACCCUCCAAAGAAAAGGUGGACGUAGUGGUGGAGAAGGUCAGCGAUGGAGCGACGGUGGAAGAGGACGAGGACGAGUGGGAGGAUGCCAGCGAUGGAGAGGAGGAGGAGGUGGUGGAGGAUGGGAGUGAGGAAGAGGAGGGUGUCAAAAAGGAGGCAGCGCACCAGGAGAAAACGAAAGAGAAGACCUCCCCGCCACCCGCAGCCACCACCCCCGCCGGCCCCCAGGGGGUGUCGGGCAGCCCCAAAGAGCAGCGCACCCCUCGGCCCAGGGUACAGAUUCCCUCUCCACAGGGUGCCCAGGACUCCCCCGAGUCCGCUAAGCCCCUCAGCCCCUUCUCGCCCCUCGAGGGGUACCAGCCGGUGUCGGACUGGGGCGAGGAGAUGGAGAUGCAGUCCCCGCGGAGCAACCUGGGGGAGAGUCCCCUCAAGCCCAACAGCGCGGGGGCAGAGGGCAGCCCCGUCGCCCCAAAAACAGGGAGCCCCCGCCCUGCAGAAGCCCAGGAGGAGACCCGGGCCCCCAGCCCUGCAGCAGAGUCGGAGAAACAGAGCAGUGAACAGACAGCGGGCAGCUCCCAGGCCGAGGAGGAGCCUAACGCCCCAGACGCUCCGGCCCAGGAUGCUCCUGUUGUGAUAGAGCCCACUGACCAGGCCAGCCACCCCACAGAGGUGCAGAGGGACCCUGCUACCCCCACUCCGCAGGACGUCCCGGACAGCUCAGAAGCUGACGUCACAGCCCCUGCCCCUGUCCCCGCCCCUGCCGCGGACACGGAUCAGAACCCUCCCCCGACCGGCUCAGUGACCGUGACAGAGGCCUCUGAGCAGCCGUCCUCAGGCUGAGGGCCGGGGCGCAGUAACGGGAGCUCUCAAUGUUAGUGAUUCACAGACAACAGGAGGAUGAGGUGGAAGAGUGAUGGAGGAGAGAAGCGAGGCUGUAUCACAGAGGACUCACCGGGGCGACCACCCGCAGGCCAGAGGGACGGGAGGCUGGGACCGGAGCUUUCGCUAUCCGUCAUAAUGCUCCUUCUGAAAAGCCGGAGCGAGGGUACACCCAGGGUGUGCGUCGCUCAAAAUAAAAAGUCUGAAAUUUGAGGUGCGGAUCGGGGGGGCUGGCUGACGGGUGUACGCAAACACUCGAGGCCCCCCAGCUUCUUUUAAGAUUUCACCUGCCUGUAGAGCCCUUCGGAAAGGACAGCUUCCCCGGACACUUAAUGCCAGCCCCUCAGUAGUUAUUUUUCGGCCCUGUUCUCAGAAUGAAUGUUUAUACACCCCC